UGUUGAUGCUCGUGGUUUUCAUUAUGUAAUAACGUGAUCUUAUAUCGGAAGAUACCGUAAUCGUGUUACAACUCUUUUUAUAAAAAACCAUAUGUUGUUAGGACGACUUAUAAUGGAAAAACAAACACCAACAACACCACAAUUUACAACUUCAACUUCUCAUUUACCUAGACCGCCAAUAGAUCAUGAAAAAGCUCUAGAUACACUUGAAAAUGAUUUUAAAAGAAUGGACAAAAUGUUUGCUAGCGGAGAGAUGAGAGUUUUUGGAAGAAAUUCGGACAGUAUGUUUAAAGAAUUAGAUUUAAUACAUAAAAAACAAGUUUCUUUAGCCAUUGAACAUAUUUCUUUAGAAAGGUUGCCAGAUGAAGAGAUGCCAUUAGGAAGUGAAACAGCAGAAAAUUCCGAAGAAAAUUUUAAACGUAAUUCUGAACGUUUUACAAAGAAAGAACAAGAUUUAAAUAAUUUAAUGACAAAUUUAAAUAAUUUAUUGGGAAAGUUGGAAGAUUUAGGACAAUCGAUGAAAAUUUCAGAGCCAAAGAAAUAAAUGUUUUUAAAGUUUCAAAAUUAAUGAAUGAUACAACCUGACAACGAUGUAACUUCAUAGUUAAGUAUAAGUAAUAGACAUUACAUAGUUAUGGUUAUUCAUCAAUCUUUGGUUUCAGGUUAAUCCAUCCUUAAAAUCAUUACCAAUAGAGCCAAAUAUGUAAGCAAAGCUAUACCACUUGUUAAUGCAACAUAACCUCCGCUUGUAACGAAUGGUUUAUUUUUUUCAAAAAUGUCAAAAUUUUCUAUAUUAUUUCGUAUUCUUAAAGCUGAAAUAAUUAACAAUGCCACCCCAAAUGCUAUGUAAACAAAUCCAAUAGUAUAAAAAUCUUCAUCAAAGAUACGCAAAAUAAUAAGGGCGAACCCGAAAGACGAUAGACAUGUUCUCCCAUACGCUCCUUCGAAUGUCCUUUGUCGGGCUAUUACAAAAAGAGAGAAUAUUAUUUAUAUAUAUUUUUUUUUUUGAAAAAAAAAAA